AUGGGCAAGUCGCAUAAGAAGGAGCACACAUCGGCCGUCGUGGACACCGCCGCUGACGAGUCAGCCGCCCCUGGUAUUCUGGCGCCCAUUGCGCACCCGCUGGCCGACAAGAAGCUUGCAAAGAAGGUGCUGAAGACCGUGAAGAAGGCGGCCAAGCACCGGCACGUCAAGCGCGGCGUGAAGGAGGUUGUGAAGGGCCUGCGCAAGGGCGAGAAGGGCUUGGUCGUGAUGGCCGGCAACAUCUCGCCGAUGGACGUGCUGUCACACAUCCCGAUUCUGUGCGAGGACAGCAACGUGCCGUACUGCUUUGUGCCGACCAAGGAGGAGCUCGGCGGCUCGUGCUCGACCAAGCGGCCGACGUGCUGCAUCAUGAUUGUGCCGGGCGGCAAGGGCGGCAAGGGCGAGGCCCACGAGGACUACAAGGACUCGUACGAUGAGUGCUUUGCCGCUGCGAAGGAGCUCGACGACAAGCUGCUGGAGACUGCCGCUGCUGGUGUUAUCCAGGCGUAA